UGUUCCGGCUCCGGGUGUCUGUAAGUAACCUAGUCAAGAAAACGAAUCCACCACUUGAUGGAGAAAAGUCUACGUGAAUUUGAGCAGUUAACAAUGCCCCACGGCACAUCCCGACCUUGUAUUGGGAACAUCUCCGAUGAUGUCUUGGGAGAUGUUCUCAAUACAAGGUCUGCGCCUUGAACCCCUUGUCUGACUCCUGCAGUCUGAAGAGUGAAGACGUCGAUGGGCUCAUCGUCGUAUGUUCCUUCUCAGUUGACAGUUAACAAAACUUCAAUUAGGGAAAGUAUUAUAAGCCCUAGAUGGGCUUCGCCCAAAUUCGUAAAAUUACCAAGAAUUUCAGCAAAAAGCAGACCUUUAUCCAAAACUUUCUCUUUGACUGCUGAAAAUAACGGUUUUAGUCUGGAGAAACAUGGUGUAAGCGACAGAGAUGGUGUUAUCAUAGUUGAUCAUGGGUCCCGGCGCCAAGAAUCCAAUCUCAUGCUAAAUGAGUUCGUAAAGAUGUUUAGAGAUAGAACUGGGUAUCCAAUCGUGGAACCUGCUCAUAUGGAGUUGGCAGAACCAUCAAUCAAAGAUGCAUUCAAUUUAUGUGUGCAGCAAGGGGCAAAUCGUGUAAUUGUUAGUCCAUUCUUCCUUUUCCCUGGACGACAUUGGUACCAGGAUAUUCCAUCCUUAACGGCUGAAGCUGCAAAGGAGCACCCGGGCAUCUCAUACAUCAUAACUGCACCUCUUGGCCUGCAUGAGCUAAUGGUGGAUAUCAUGAAUGACAGAAUCAAUCACUGCUUAAGCCAUGUUGCAGGUAAUGCAAAUGAAUGUGAAGCUUGUACUGGAACGGGAAAAUGUCGGAUAUAUGAUUAAGGAAACUUGAAGUAAAGGGAGCUGUGUCAGUGUGGAAAUGGAAAGAGUUAAAAACCUGAGAAAAAACCUAUUGGCAGGUUUUGACUCAGAAAAAAAAUUAUGGCUAUUUAUGGCUUUGUAUUAAAUUGUGUUGUAUGCUUUUUGAGUUUCACAGCCAAGUUUUCUGUUGCAUCUGCAUUAGUUUUGACUUGUUACUUUGUGCAAAGACCAAGGCACACAGGUCAAAGUCUUCCAACAAAACUUCAGUGAAUAAGCAAUUAAGUAGGGUGCGAGCUCCUUAAUUGCUGAAUUGCAUGAUGAA